GGCUCGGAGCAACGAUUAGAAAGUACCGUCCGUAAGUUCAAAGUUGCCAGUGUGUUUGCGGGGCAUUCCACAUCGACUAAAAAGACACCAGUCUGAUGCCGUGCAUACCGAUAUCGUGUUCCAGAACCUUCCAAGUCGUCUUGUCUCCUCUCCGGCUCAAGCCUCAGCAGUAAGCUGAUGCGCAAGAUCGAGGACGAAUCGCAGCGUGUUGACUCCAGGUUACGGGUCUUUAUCACUAUAUCACUAUAUCACGACAAAAAUGAUCAUUAAUAUUAUACCUCAAUCCUGCCUCUGCAAGUUACUUGUUCUCUCCGCAUCUUCCCAUCGCUAUUCUUAAUCCCCCGCACUCAAUCCCAUUAUGGCCCACCACGCCGAGGCCCUCAAAGAGAAAGGCAACACCGCCUACCGCGCCGGCGACUACGCCUCCGCCGCCGCCCUCUACGGCCAAGCGAUCCAGAAGAACUCCAGCAACCCCCUCCUCUACACGAACCGAGCGAACGCACGACUCCGCCUACAGCAACACGCCGAGGUGAUCGACGACUGCCUCCGCAGCAUCGAGCUCCUCCGCGACAACCUCAAAGCGUACUUCUACCUCGCGCAGGCACAGCUCGAGCUCCACCACCCGAACGAAGCGCUUACCAGCGCGCUGACGGCGUAUGAGCUGUGCUGCAGCAGUCGGACGCAGACGGUCAAUGCGUACACGAUCAGCGCGCUAGUGCUACGGUGCAAGAAGGCGAAGUGGGACAUGCGGGAGCGGGAGCGGCUGCGGCGGCGGAACGAGCUGCUGGGGGAGUUGACGGAGAAGUUGGAGCGGGAGAUGAAGGGGGAGGUAGAGGAGAUUCGGGAGAAGGAGGCGAUGGGAGAGAUUGGGGAGGUGGGGGCGCGGGAGGAGAUUGAGAGGUGUGAGGACGUGGGAAGGUUGCGGGUGGAGGAGUUGAGGAACGUGUUUGGGAUGGCGGAUCCGGAACAUUUGACGAGGCGGGUAAGUUGGUUCGAUCGGCGUGUGGAUGGAUGUUUGUUGAUCAGAGUGCAGGAAGUGCCGGACCACCUCGUCGAUACGAUCUCCUUCGAGAUCAUGCAUGAUCCGGUGAUCACGAAGAAUGGAAACUCCUAUGAACGAGCGACUAUUCUCGAGCACCUGAAACGAACUCCUACCGAUCCUAUCACGCGAGAACCCCUCCACAUAUCUGACUUGCGCCCGAAUAUCGCGCUUCGACAGGCGUGCGAAGAGUUUAUGCAGAACCAUAACGGAUGGAUUUAUGACUGGUAA